AUGGUGUCCGACGUGAGAAGGAAAAAGCUGCUGUUUGCUUUCAAAAAAUUCUUCGAUGCCGACGAAAGUGGCGCCGUCACUAAAGAAGACUUUGAGAAAACCUUGGAGAAGCUAGUGAGGCUUCAAGGAUGGAAGGAAACGGACGUUAUCUUCAGCGUCGCCAAGGAGAUCAUGAACCAGAUAUGGGAUGGAUUUAAGGCAGCUGAUGUUGACAGCGAUGGACAAGUAUCCACUGAUGAGUGGAUCAAAAUGUGGGACCUCCAAGACAAAGAUACCUUGCCUGAAUGGAACAAUCUGUUCUGCAAAGUCUGCUUCCACAUCCAAGAUAAGACUGGUGAUGGUGCUAUUGACGAAGAGGAGUUUGUCAAGGUCCACGAAAUCUUCGGAGGCCCGAAAGAAGACGCCGUCGACGCUUUUAAGAAGAUGGCGGGGGACAAGAGCAGUCUCAACUUCGAUGAGUUUUCAAAACUUUUUAAAGAGUUCUUCCUGUCUGACGAUGCCGAUGCACCCGGGAACUACAUAUUUGGUACAAUCAAAUUUCUUAACGAAUAG